AUGAUAUCGCCCUUUCCGCCGUCAACGGCCACCCCCGGCGACGGCCGCAUCGUCGCCACCCUCACGCCCAAUGGCGAACCCAGCCUCGGCACCGUCUCCUAUCAGUAUCCGCUGAAGCUCAUUGCGCCGGCCACCGGUGCCGGCGUGGGCACCCUCGGGCGAGAGGGCGCCACCGCCGUGAACAGGGAUGGGCACGAAACCGACCCCGCCCGGCGAAGGAGCUCUCUCGUCUUCAUGCUGUCCUAUGGCGGCGGACUUGUCGCGGGCGACCAGGUCAAUCUCCGCAUUGAGGUCCAGGCCGGCUCGCGCCUCAGUCUCGUGACCCAGGGCACCACAAAAGUCUUCAAGGCCACGGGCGCCGGGCGUGCGGCGCCUGUCGCCGUGCCCACGCGGCAGAACCUGACCGUGGACGUGGCGCCGGGCGCGGGACUGUGCUUGCUGCCGGACCCCGUGCAGCCGUUUGCCGAGAGCCUGUACGAGCAGGUGCAGGUUGUGCGUCUCGACGAGCGCGGUGUCAACGGCGUCGGCAAGACGGCACCCUCGCUCUGCCUGCUCGACUGGGUGACGCAAGGACGGGCGGCGCGCGGAGAAAACUGGAGCUUUACGAGCUGGAAGGGCCGCAACGAGGUCUGGCUUGCGACGGGCGAUGCCGUCCGCGACGACAGCGGCGGUCGCACGGCCGCUGCCGACACAAAGCCGAUACCACAUCGGAACCGGCUGCUUGUGCGUGAUGCCGUGAUGCUGGCACAUGUCUAUUUGGACAGCGGUGUGGCCCCGCUGCCGCCAUCCACAGGGACAGAAGGAACCGCUCUCCGCGACUCGUUGCAAGGACUGGCCGUCGUUGGCACGCUGAUCUUGCGCGGUCCGUUGGUGGAUGCGGCUGGCGUGUUCUUCUUGGCAGAAUUUGCAGCCUUGCCGCGGCUCGGUGCCCGUGACUUUCGGGAUACAAACACGCCCGAACCGACUGCCGAUAAGGUGUCCCUGGAUGCCUGGCGUGCGGAACGCCUGCGGCUGGAAGCGGCGCAUGGUGUGCUGUGGUCGGCCGCCGCGGUCCGAGGCUGCGUCGUCGUCAAGUUUGGCGCGCGCAGCGUAGAGGGUGGGCGGCUAUGGGUCGGCGCGAUGCUGCAGCGUGAGGGCAGUGUGGCAGCCGCCUUUGGUGAAGAGGCACUGAUGUGCGUCAAGUGA